CCUGAUUGCGUAUUGCGACAAGACUGACCCAUUUGAAUUUAGGCUGUAGAUGAAUAAAUUGUUCAGUCUUAUACAGACUCAGGACUCCUUACUUCUCAUCAAUUGCUUUAGGUGAGGUGAAGUGAUGGACAAACACAAAUUUAGUUAACAAUCUAAAACGGAGUAUUUGGCAUUUUCUCGCCAAACAAUAUUUUGCCUAAUAUGGCUGAGCAUAUGGCCCACUCUAGACGAAAAAGUGUAACAGCACUAUUGUGAUCAUGGCUUUGACAACAUCAGAUGUGUUUCAUUGAACUCUGGGGGGGUUGGUGGGGAAGUAACUAACUACAAGCAGCCAGAGCUUGAAUCGAAAGCUGGUUGUUGCGCCCUUAUUCUCUCGCUGUUGGUCUCAUCACUGGAUUUAUUACGCGGUAGACGGACAACCCAAUUUUUCCAUAAAACCUUGCGUUUCAACGCAGCACAGUUCACGUCUAUUCUCAUCUCUCAAGUCAAACAGUGGUGUGAAACAGGGGAUACCUACUGGACUUGGGGUGGAUGCCAACAACUGAGAGAAGAAUGUUUUUGGUUUAGUCGUCGGGCGACAGCAGGAAAGGUGCACGCGUUCAGAUGCUCAACUGGCACGGGCUUUUUUUUACCCUGGCGAUAGUGGGAGAUGCUGCUGGAGUUGCUUUGGCGCCAUUGUCUCUCUGGCUUUAAUCUUUCCAUGUUGGGACAAUACAUUUGGCGAAUGGAGAUGUGAAGAGGCUUACAGAAUGGCAUGCAAAGAUGGUUUCUGCCAAGAAGGAGAUGGUAACUGCGAUGUACCCCAGUUACAUUUCGACUCUCUUCUACUUUUUCUGCUUGAUUGCUUGUGUAAAGAGAAUCUCUGGAACGAUAAAAAAGGAUGACAGAAUAUAUCCCGAGAAUUUCACACGCAUUUUAGACAGACUCCUGGACGGGUAUGACAACAGACUGCGACCUGGAUUCGGGGGUCCGGUGACGGAGGUGAAAACAGACAUUUAUGUCACAAGUUUCGGGCCUGUCUCUGAUGUUGAAAUGGAGUACACCAUGGACGUGUUCUUCAGACAGACAUGGGUCGACAGGAGGCUGAGGUAUGAGGGUCCUAUUGAGAUCCUCCGACUCAACAACAUGAUGGUCGCCAAUGUGUGGACUCCUGACACCUUCUUCAGGAAUGGCAAGAAGUCUGUGGCACACAACAUGACUGCCCCCAACAGGUUGUUCCGCAUCAUGAAGAACGGCACGAUUCUUUACACCAUGAGAUGUAUGUGUCCCCAUAGGUUGACAAUCAGUGCAGAGUGUCCCAUGAAGCUUGUGGACUUCCCCAUGGAUGGACAUGCAUGCCCUCUCAAGUUUGGAAGCUAUGCAUACCCUAAAACAGAGGUGAUUUAUACCUGGACCAAAGGACCACAGUAUUCAGUGGAGGUUCCCCCAGAAUCCUCCAGCCUAGUGCAGUAUGAUCUCAUUGGCCACACUGUCAGCAGUGAGGAGGUCAAGUCAAUCACAGGUGAAUACGUGGUGAUGACAGUGCACUUCCACUUGAAGCGGAAAAUGGGCUACUUCAUGAUCCAGACGUAUAUCCCCUGCAUCAUGACAGUAAUCCUCUCCCAAGUGUCCUUCUGGAUAAAUAAAGAAUCGGUCCCGGCUCGAACAGUCUUCGGCAUCACCACGGUCCUGACCAUGACCACGUUAAGCAUCAGCGCACGCCACUCCCUCCCCAAAGUCUCCUACGCCACCGCCAUGGACUGGUUCAUUGCCGUGUGCUUCGCCUUUGUCUUCUCCGCUCUCAUAGAGUUCGCUGCCGUCAACUACUUCACCAAUGCAGAGAUGGAGAGACUGAAAAGGAAGCCGCCAAAAUGCCCGCCGGCGCCCCAAACAACCCCAGUGAAAGUGAAGGAUAUGGAGGAAGUUCUGCAGCAUAACCCUGACACCAACGGUAACCUGCGGAAACGGAUGAACUAUAUGUCCCAGCAAGAUGGCCAGAAAGCAGAGACCAACAGCACAGCAGCGGCAAGAGGGGUAACCAGGAAACAACCCCAGUCUGGCCAAUCAUCUUCAUUCAAGUGGGCAACUGGCGGCGCCAUCAUCCUUCCACACUCCAGCCCCGGCCCCGCCAGCCAACCCAACACUUCCUCCUUGACCCUGUCUGCCAUGAACAUGCCCCUGGCUCCACCCAUAACUGAGAAAGCAAUGACAAUACCAGCCAACCAGAGCCAGCCCACCGCUGACUCCUCGCUCCAGGACCUUCUAGGACCCAGACUGGAGCACAUUCAGCUGAUGGGCAAAAAUGAGCCCAAGCUGUCGCCAUGCUCCCAGCCGACCACCGCCAGUAUGGGAGGGACCAGUAAAAUCGACAAGUACGCCCGCAUCCUGUUCCCGGUGUCCUUUGGCGCAUUCAACAUGGUGUACUGGGUGGUUUACUUGUCCAAAGAUACCAUGGAGGCCAAAUUUAGAGGCAAAAUCUAGUUUCUAGCUCCUCUUGGGGUCAUUUUGGGAAUCAUUUUCUACCAAAUGUAAAAUGACAGGAGAAAAAGAGCUUUGGAGACAUGGGAGAUUAAAUCAUUUUUUCAACUAACAAGGAAACCAAAUAUGCUGGACAAGAGACUCAAAAGAUUACACCCAGGAAUACUAAUCUCAGCACAUCUGUUUGUUUCAUUUCCGAGAGGUCUUCUGAGAAUGAGCAUGGUAACAAAACCAUAAAACCAUUUUUUUUUUUAAAUUCUGAUUCAAACAAAUAUCACAACUAUACUCUGGGUGGCCAUAUCCAAUAUGCAAUACAGUAACGGUUUGAUGGAUUGGUUAGUUGUUUUAAUGUUAGUGAGUACAGUAACACCUGAUCUUAGCGUAAACGGCUAAUGGUCCCUCUAGUCUUAGCAGGCAUUGCUCCAAUGACAAAGGAUAAGGACAAUAUCACUGAAGAUGAGCUGGACACACAAGUCGCAAGGUGUCGAGCAUAUGAAGACAAGAAGAUUUUGAGUGUAUUUUCUCCCGUACUGAUGACCAGACGUAAAUGACUGGGUAUGUUGUCAUUUGUUCUGGUUUUAAAAGUAGAUAAGUUUUUGUCCACUCAAGUCUAAUUUGCGCUCCCAGGUCUGUACAGCAAACCUCGACCAAGCUUUGUAAAUUAGCAUAGAAUGAGGAUACCAAAUACCAUAGGUGCUGGCCUAUUUACUUCACUCAGUACCCUACAAACAACAUUUCCAGGGGGUAAUGUUCCUCUAAGCCCCAUUAGUUCCCUCCAAAAACAUUCUAGGAAGUUUUUGUUUGAAUGUUCAACGAUGAAACGAUGAGUGUUUUUCUUUAACAUUGUCAGUUUCUGGAACAUUGUGUACCAAUGUAUUCAGUCAAUAUUAUUCUUUCAUGUUAACUUACAAAGGAACAUAUUGUAGGAACCCUUUGGUUUGGGAAUGUUUCCUCUGAGUUCGGGAGUGUUUAUUUGUUAGCAAAUGUGGGGCCUGAUUUCAUACGGUUUUGUGCGCUACUUGUUAUUGUGAAUCAUGUGUGCAGAGGAAGGGUCAUUCCCCAUAACCAAAUUCCUACUAUUAAUGUAGAAUGCCAUGCACUACCAUGAGUCCAUCGGAACACGCCCAGAAGUUCUGUUAGUUACCAACUGGGCGCACUACGUCAUUUCAACAUGGAAAUGUUGGUAAUAUUUGGUUGAGACGUUGAUCAAUAAGAUUUCAACCUUUAUUCACCCACUCAAAAAGAAAGCCAUGAGUUUGUUGAAUUCCCAAUGUGUUACCACUAUGCUUUUAACCAUCUAAAAGCACGACCAAAUUCCAAUGGGAAAAACAAUGUCUGAUUUUUUUGAUUUAGUUGUCAUCCAAAUGUGUUAUUAGUGCACUUUGAGCCAUUGAAAAUGCAGAACAAAGUUCAAAUGGAAAUACAAUGUUAGAUGUUGUAUUUCUACAAGAACUUCAUGUGUCGUCACUGUGCUUCAUCUAAUAGCAGAACCAAAUGACCAGGGUUGCAGGUGAGAUGACAGUAAAAGUACGUGAUGCAGGUGAUGCUGGUCGAGAUUCUGCGCAGAUUAUUACAGCAACUGUGGAGAUCUCCACAGACCAGCGACCUUUGCAUGCCGUCUUGAACACGCACGCUUUCUAUGCUUACAUAAGAAGACAUUUAGUAACAGUAACCUCAAUGUGGCCAUGGAUGUGUUACUCAUAUUAGGUUAAAUAAAUACUGUUACAUUAGUUUGUCAGAGCCUUAACUUCAUGCUAUUUACUGUAUUACAAAAAUCAUAUUGAAUUGUGUUUGUCACCAAAUAUCAUCAUUUAAAGGAGAAGUUCUGUAUCUAAUGAUUGGAAAGUUUCAUCUGAGCCACUGGCUUAAUCCGAUUCUUUAAAAUGUUGAGUUUUGGUUGAGAUGGAGGCAUAUAAAUGAUUAAUUUGUAGACAAACUAGAAUUAAUGCCAGUCUGUCAGUGGCAGAAAACUAUCCAAGCAGAAAACACAUCUCCUUCAAAUGUUAAUAUUUGGUUGUGUUGACAACCUAACACAACUCAAUAUCCAGUUUGUCUAAAAAUGAAUAAUUUGAUAUGUUGGAUUCACGUCUCCAUCUCAACCAAAUAUCCAAGUUAAAGAAUAGGACUAAAUAAAAACAAAAUGUAAAUGCACUUUAUUCAAAGUUUGAUUUAGUUAUAUUCUUUAACUUAGAUUUUUGGUUGAGAUGAGGACGUGUAUCCAACAUAAUAAUUAUUCACUUUAAAUCUUUAAAAUCAACCAAAGUUUUGAAACCCUAAACCUAUAUGUAUUUUUAGUUGACCCCUGGGUUGAAUUGAAACAGUAGCUGUUGAGGACUUCGCACAUGCUAGAUACAGUCGUGGCCAAAAGUUUUGAGAAUGACACAAAUAUUAAUUUUCACGAAGUCUGCUGCCUCAGUUUGUAUGAUACUAUGCAAUUUAUAUGUAUAUGCAAUUUGCAUACACUCCAGAAUGUUAUGAAGAGUGAUCAGAUGAAUUGCAAUGAAUUGCAAAGUCCCUAUUUGCCAUGCAAAUGAACUGAAUCCCCCCCAAAAACAUUUCCACUGCAUUUCAGCCCUGCCACAAAAGGACCAGCUGACAUCAUGUCAGUGAUUCUCUCGUUAACACAGGUGUGAGUCUUGACGAGGACAAGGCUGGAGAUCACUGUCAUGCUGAGGGAGUUUGAAUAACAGACUGGAAGCUUCAAAAGGAGGGUGGUGCUUGGAAUCAUUGUUCUUCCUCUGUCAACCAUGGUUAACUGCAAGGAAACACGUGCUGUCAUCAUUGCUUUGCACAAAAAGGGCUUCACAGGCAAGGAUAUUGCUGCCAGUAAGGUUGCACCUGAAUCAACCAUUUAUCGGAUCAUCAAGAACUUCAAGGAAGGCGGUUCAAUUGUUGUCUGGAAGGCUUCAGGGCACCCAAAAAAGUCCAGCGAGCGCCAGGACCGUCUCCUAAAGUUGAUUCAGCUGCGGGAUGGGGCACCGCCAGCACAGAGCAUGCUCAGGAAUAGCAGCAGGCAGGUGUGAGUGCAUCUUCACGCACAGUGAGGCGAAGACUUUUGGAGGAUGGCCUGCUGUCAAGAAGGGCAGCAAAGAAGCCACUUCUCUCCAGGAAAAACAUCAGGGACAGACUGAUAUUCUGCAAAGGUACAGGGAUUGGACUACUGAGGACUGGGGUAAAGUCAUUUUCGCUGAAUCCCCUUUCUAAUUGUUUGGGGUAUCCGGAAAAUAGCUUUUCCGGAUACCCGGAAAAGACAAGGUGAGACAAGGUGAGCGCUACCAUCAGUCCUGUGUCAUGCCAACAGUAAAGCAUCCUGAGACCAUUCAUGUGUGGGGUUGCUUCUCAGCCAAGGGAGUGGGCUCACUCACAAUUUUGCCUAAGAACACAGCCAUGAAUAAAGAAUGGUACCAACACAUCCUCUGAGAGCAACUUCUCCCAACCAUCCAGGAACAGUUUGGUGACGAACAAUGCCUUUUCCAGCAUGAUGGAGCACCUUGCCAUAAGGCAAACGUGAUAAGUAAGUGGCUCGGGGAACAAAACAUCGAUAUUUUGGGUCCAUGGCCAGGAAACUCCUCAGACCUUAAUCCCAUUGAGAACUUGUGGUCAAUCCUCAAGAGGCGGGUGGACAAACAAAAACCAACAAAUUCUGACAAACUCCAAGCAUUGAUUAUACAAGAAUGGGCUGCCAUCAGUCAGGAUGUGGCCCAGAAGUUAAUUGACAGCCUGCCAGGGCGGCUUGCAGAGGUCUUCAAAAAGAAGGGUUAACACUGCAAAUAUAGACUCUUUGCAUCAACUUCAUGUAAUUGUCAAUAAAAGCCUUUGACACUUAUGAAAUGCUUGUAAUUAGACUUUAGUAUUCCCUAGUAACAUCUGACAAUAUCUGAAGACACUGAAGCAGCAAACUUUGUGGAAAUUAAUAUUUGUGUCAUUCUCAAAACUUUUGGCCACGACUGUAGACCCGAACAGUAUCAUUGAUGAUAUGACUUAUAAAGUAUGUUAACAUUUCAUUUGCUUUGUUAAUUGUGAUCAGUGUCCCUUCCACGGGACGGUUGAGGUAACGUAGGCUAAUGCAAUUAGCAUGAGGUUGUAAGUAACAAGAACUUUUCCCAAGACAUAGACAUAUCUGAUUUUGGCAGAAAGCUUAAAUUCUUGUUAAUCUAACUGCACUGCCAAUUUACAGUUGCUAUUAUAGUGAAAUAAUACCAUGCUAUUGUUUGAGGAGAGUGCACAAUUUUGAACAAGAAAAGUUAUUUAUAAACAAAUUAGACACAUUUGGGCAGUCUUGAUACUACAUUUUAAAGAGAAAUGCAAUGGUUCAUUGGAUCAGUCUAAAACUUUGCACAUACACUGCUGCCAUCUAGUGGCCAAACUCUAAAUUGCACCUGGGCUGGAAUAAUACAUUAUGGCCUUUCUCUUGCAUUUCAAAGAAGAUGUAACAAAAAAUACAAAAUAACAUUUUUUUCCCCUUUGUAUUAUAUUUUACCUGAUCUAUUGUGUUCUCCUACAUUUCUUUCACAUUUCCACAAACGUAUGUGUUUCCUUUCAAAUUGUACCAAGAAUAUGCAUAUCCUUGCUACAGGCAGUUAGAUUUGGGUAUGUCAUUUUAGGCGAAAUGUUUUUAAAAAGGGGCGGAUCCUUAUUAAACCUACCCUUUGGAAUGACUUCUAUAGCAACAGAGAAUCUAUUUAGUUAUUAAGAGAUGAAUUGUCAUUCUCACCAUAGCACAUUGGUCGUAGUCAGAGACAUAUCGAAGCUGGGCUUGGUUAAAACCCUGGAUGUGAGACCAAAGGGAUAGAUCAUGUCUCCAGUAGGAGGUGCUGCCUAGCCUAUUUUUUUGAAGAUCUGAUAUUGUUUCAAAGGUAGAAAUUCAACAUAUUUUAUACAAGGUUCGUCUAUGUUGAAAAUUGGUUUCCAUGAUGACAAAUCUUGUGGUUUAAAUAUCACCCUCAAAAAAACAGUUUACGUUGUACUUUUUACAAAUCCAUUGUAUUUUCCAUGUAGAUUCCACAUCCCCACACAUUGACAAAUGAAAUGUAAACAACGUUGGUUCACUUUGUGCCCAGUGGGUAGGGACUUGGUGAGGAAGUGGGAAAGUGUGCUAUGUAAUUCUCUCUGGUCGUUAGGUAUCGAGGGUCUUUAUAGGGUCUCUAUGCCAACUUUGGAUAGAUUUCCACUGAUAAGUUACAGAAGUCUACAUUGUCAAUUCUUACACUUGUGCCAUGUCCAUAGCAUCCUCUUACGGUGAAAGUUUACUUCUGUCUAAUCUUUCCCUGACGGCAACUCUCCUCUCGCCUUGUCAGCUGAGGUGAUGUCACCUACAGAGGCAUGGUCGGUGAUCAUACUGAUGCUUGGUUUCCUGCAAUGCUAAUGGCUAUUAUCACCCAGAUAGGUCACACAUCGUUGUUGUCACUGUUGACCUAAUAGUGCAUGUCUUCCAUUUCCUGAAGGUGGGACUCAAAACAGAGGCUGAUGGACAGAUCAAGAUGUCUGCCUCAGCUUCAUGUCUCCUCGAUGCACUCGUGUGAAAUUGAUUCUGCCCCCUCCCCCCCCCACCCCUUAACAAAACACACAUCCCACGUACAACAACACUCUUUAAGGACCUUGUUAGCAGCAGGUGAGAUGGGGUUUUGAUGCAUUUCUGUGUGUUCUAUUUCCCAGCUGUCCCCAUUGUUUUCUGUCUCAAUAACACACCUUGCCUAGGGAUUGAUGUGGGUGUCAUCGGUGGGUCGCCUUGCUUGUUUAAACAAUCCUAGGCUAGACGGUGGCCGGCUAAUGAAAGUUAGGUCUUACGUAAGGAGCUCCUGGAUGCUGUUUGGGAGCGGCAGAACAGAGGAGAAGUGUAGAGAGUCUAGUGGAAAUAGCCAGAGUGCUCUUGCAGAGAAUGUGGUUGACUGGUUACAUCUGAUACUUAAGCAUCUCCCUGGGUGGUUAGCGUCACCAUAGCAGAGGGAGAUAUAGAGGUAUUGCCCAGGCCCAAUGAGGAAACACAUCAACAUCCCAGAUUUUUUUUCUCUUGUACAUUUUUUCUUUUUAUGUCCUGAAUAUCUAAAUGAGGCUGCUUAGAAGAAGCAGAUCUGGGAAAUAAUGUGUUAACACACCGCAAACCUGGACAUAAACUGUCCACCACUGUUACGCCCAAGUUUUGGAGUUUUCUUUUUUUUAAUUGCCCACUAAAGAUGUUCUCAGAGACAUGGUCCUGAAGGUCAAUAGUUAAAUUUAUGGGACAUACGUUGGUUUUCAUAACUCCCUGUCCAUUGUCGCAUAUUCAUCAGAAACACAACUCCUUCAAAGGUCCUUUUUAUCAUAUGUAUUUUUGGUUCAAUAAUAUGUGCGGUUACAUUUCACUGUAAUUGUGUCUUACACAAAAGUCUUGUGAGGUUUGCGUUCUUAUGCCCAUAACUAUAAUUUCAGCUUGGAGAUCACGUUAAGCUUUCCUCGACCUGUUAAUGGUUUUAACGAUUACCGUCAUAUUGGACUCAGGUACAGAGCUUUGUCUUUGUUUUCUGUUUUAGGGAUGAAGCUUAUUCCUCGAUCUACUGCCAUUGGAAGAUAAUCAUAUUUGGUAAAUGACUUAGCAAUGGAAGUCUUUGUCUCUGAGAAACACUGGAGAUUGAAAACGAUUUAUUGUGCAAUUAGUUAUGUGCGCAGAUAUCCAUAAUUGUCUUUGGACUGCCUCCAGAGACCAGAACCAAGCCCAGGAGAGAAAUAUAACUACAAUAAGAAUUUGGAUGGCAUACACAUGAGUGGAAUUUUUUUAAAGGAUAUAUUUUGACUUCUUUCCAAAAGGUCAACCCUUACAACAAAUUGUGAACUCCUCCUGACUGUACAUACAAUAACCGAAUGUCUUUGUACAAAAUACUGACGUUUUUGUAGUCGAGAGAAUAUUUAUCAUUGCCCUAUGCAAGAAUAACAUUAUAGAAUUGUUACAUAGUUGCCCAUUCUGGGUUCCUUGGUGAGGAAGUGACAUCAACAUCAGCCAAAUAAACAGAGUGCAUAUGUUACAGCAUUUGAUAGUUCUGUUUUCUCCAUCUUCUCCUCCCGAAGAAUUCAGCAGGUUUUGUGUUACUAUUUGUUGUGGUCAGCCAUUAGGCUAUAUAGUCAAAGUUCCAGCCAUGUGUCUUCUUCAGCACCCUAUCUGGUAAAAGGCUUGUAUUGUGAUGCGUUUUAACAAACUUUUUGUUUUUAUAAAUAGGUGAAUCUGUAUAACAAAAUGUUUACGUCCAUAUUAGGACAUCAGUCAUCCUCCUCAAACCCCAAACACAGGUCAAACAUCAACCCUCCAGUUUAGUCCAGUUCUCUCUUUUUUUGUUCUUCCUAACACUUAGGGCUAAAGUGUUACAAACUGCCGAGUGCAAAGUAACUGUAGUGACAGCCCCGGCGUGAAAAUAAUAAUAAUAGCUUGGCUGUAAAUAACAUUAACAAUUUGUCGGUGCUUUACUCGGCAAAUUCACAAAGCAAUUAAAGCAUAAUUAAGAAAUAUUACUUCAUAGACGGUUGGCUGAGCGCAUGUCACUGACAAGUGCUAGGCAAAGGGCUGAGGCCUGUGACUCAUGCUUGUUGUGUCCUGCUGCUGCAAUCCCAAUUGUACACAGACACAUCUCACUGGUUAGCAUCUGCAUGUCACGGCAGUCAAUGAUGUGUGAGCAACUCGACAACAACCCCAAACUGGAGUGAAAUAAGGAGGAAAUGUCUCAAUUAGUAGAGUAUUGUGUCUGAGUACAGUAUUGGUGGUGACAUUAAUAUAUGCAUGUACUGUACUAUGUGGGUUUUUUCUCUCUUUACCCAUAACAGUUUUGUCUGCUCAUGUAGCCAUUUGCUUCUUUGGUUAUAGUAAGGAAAGACAGUUUAACUAAUCUCAUUUUCAGAAUCGGGUUAUAUUUCAUUAUUCAAAAUGAUUGGAAUCCUACCUUGUUUCUUUGCCAACAUCAACUCACAUCCUCUUCACGCCCAUAAAAGGUAUACCGUUUAGAACUUUAGGUCAACACACUAGUCUGUCCUGCUUUAAAUAUGUUUACUAUACUGCCCCCUGCUGACAUGUUAUGAUUUUACAUAAUAAACUGAAAAUACUGUGGCAGCAAUAACUAUAAAGUCUUACUGUUUUUUAGUCUAUGUUGUCAGAAUUUGCCUAUUGAUAAUGAGUCUUGCAGCCUAACCAAAGGGGACAGAACUAUACUAAUGUAAACGUCUAAGCUACCAACCUUUUACUGAACGAGACAAUAUUAACCCAGAGAUAUUUAGAUUAGGGCAUAUUUAUAGAUUUAGUCAUGUGUUAUAAGGUUGUUUGUUGGAUUCUUUUUUAUACUGCCCACAAAACUACGCUUUUCAAGAUGCUCGGUCCUGACUUUGUGGUGUGAUAAUGAAAGUUGUGGGUGGGUGUAUUACAUUUUCUUACAUAAUAUUUCAUUUUCCUAAUAUCUUGUACCCUACCAAGAACAAGAGGGCUCCAGCAUCUGUGGUGCUUGGAACCUUGACAAGUUCAGAAACGCAUUCACAUACAAAUGUACACACAUUAAUCUAUACUCAGUGGUGGAAAAAGUACCCAAUAGUCACAACGG